AAUAUGAAAAUGUAUCUUAUAAGGUAUUUAAAAAGCAAAAAUAAACAGAUAAUUUCUGUCAUUAAAGUAACGUUAAAAUCUGUCCGAUGCGUCACGUAAGUUGCAUUUCUUAUGCUUUUUUGUAUCCUCGGGGUGAAAUCUAAACAUAUUUUGUACAAAAGCAAAUACUUUAAAGAUCGGAACGUUUGUGUUUCCACUCGGACAAUUUUCCCAGUAGUUAGAGCAGAGCAUACGAAUUACAUUUUGUCUCGAUUAAAUUCAAUCGAGUAUGAAAUUAUAGAAGCAGAAACUUUAAGAUUUUUUCACCUUCUGGGGAUAAUCUGAUUUAAAACGGUAAUCACGUGAUACGUGCCGAAUAGUAUUUAAAGCCGAACGUUUUCAUUUCGAAUCAUUCACUUCUCUCGCCUUCCAAACACACGCAUUGUGUUGAACACGAUGUACUCGACGUGUUUAAUUUCCUUGCUUGCGUGCGCUCUUUUGGUCCAAGUUUCUUCUUACGGAAAAUCAUGGUCGCAUCACGGAGGAGACUGGAAGAAGAUGUCUGACGAUCACGGUUCGCACGGGCACGGACACAAAUUCGACCACGACGACUGGGGUAAGUGGGACAAGCACGGUAGCAACCGACAUCACGACCAAGGUGGACAUAAUUUCGAUAAAUACGGCAAAGAUAACGAAGGUUCCAACCAUCACGGAUUCGACGGGCACGGAUCGCACGGUGGAUCCAAUUGGGGUGGACACGGAAAGCACGACGAAUCGGACGGAAGAAUACAUUACCACGACAAAGGACAGAAGCAUAACGGUUUCAAAAAUUCGUACCACAAACAAGAGUUAGGAGAUCACAAAUCCCAUCACGACAUCGCCAGCCAGGGCAAGUAUCAUAAGAAUUACAACGACGAAGAUCAUUGGAAGAAGUACAACGGAGAAAAAUACCAUAAAAAUCAUCACAAAAAGGAAUAUUUCGAUAACAACGAACACGGAGACGAUUUCCGCAAUUUUGAAAAAGGCGGACAUAACGAUCACCACGGAGAAGACUACAAAAAGGGUGGCGAAUAUUCCAACAAAAAGUGGGACCAUAAGGAUAAUAAUGAUCGCCAUCAUCAUUCUGGCGGAGAGAUGGGUGGUCACGGCUCUAGUCACGGUAAGGGUGGACAUUACAUAGGUCAUCAUCAUCAUUGAAACGAGUAACGACGUUACACCCGUUGUCGAAAUCGGAACCGAGAACGAAACCGAAUAAGAAAAUGGUUACUUUAUAAUCACUUCUUCGAUGUUUUGGAUGUUGGUGUGUGUUGCAUUUUUAAAACUGUUUGUGUCUCGCAAUCUAUUGUUACGCAAUGCUUUAAAUUAUUAUGUUUUUAUAUUCGAUAAACUGAAAAUUUUGAUGUUAUUGUUCCUAAGGCUUAAGUAACCACAGCAAACUUUCCUUUUGUACGGAAAGAAAACAAUAAAAUAUAAUUUAUAAGUUAAAAAAUGAGUUACUGUAUUAAAUUUUACAAUAGAUUUGUAUUCGACCGUAUUAUUUUAGUCCCAUCGUUGAAUUAUACUAAAGAUCACGAAGGUUCCAACAUCACGAAUGCGAUGGGCACGGAUCGCGCGGUGGAUCCAAUAGAAGAAAUACCACACUUUUUAAUUGUUUUAGUUGCUACUUGACUUAAACUUACGGUUUCAAAUAAUGAAUAGUUGGUGGCUGACGGUAUGUCUCAUUUCCGGAAAAAUUCGAAUUCGAGUGACGUUUGCGAGGAUUUUUCCUUCCUCUUGAGAUCGUUUGGUAUUUUCUAAUUGGAAAGAAAUUAUCGCAUAAAUAUAAUGAUAAACUCUCAAUAGUCAGUUCUUGAGAAUACCAUUUGUAUAUUGUUAUAGUUCUCGAUUAACUCGAGAGUUCUC